AUGUCGCAACUGAACAAUCUUAAGAUCGCCGUUGUGCCUGGCGACGGCAUCGGGGUGGAAGUCAUGCCCUAUGGUGUGCGUGCCCUCAAAGCCGCAGCGCAAGUGUAUGGCCUGUCACUUCAGUUCGAAGAGUUCGACUUCGCCAGCUGUGAUUACUACCAGAAACACGGCGACAUGUUGCCGCAGGACUGGAACGCCACGCUCUCCAAAUUCGAUGCUAUCUAUUUUGGUGCAGUAGGUAUGCCGGAUCAAGUACCCGACCACGUCAGCCUCUGGGGAAGUUUGCUCAAAUUCAGGCGUGAGUUUGAUCAAUUCAUCAAUCUACGCCCCGCUCGGUUGAUGCCUGGAGUGCGCUGCCCCCUUGCGGGACGUAGACCCGGCGACAUAGAUUUUUGGAUUGUAAGAGAAAACACCGAGGGGGAGUACAGCAGCAUCGGUGGGAAAAUCUUCGAGGGCACGGAUCGAGAAACCGUCAUCCAAGAAACUGUUAUGACGAGAACGGGCGUGGAUCGAGUCUUGAAAUAUGCCUUCGAUCUUGCCCAAAGUCGACCCAAGAAGCACCUAACAAGUGCGACUAAGAGUAACGGCAUUAGCAUCACAAUGCCCUACUGGGAUACGAGAGUUGAGAACAUGGCAAAGGGCUAUUCUGAUGUCAAGGUCGAUAAGUAUCACAUUGAUAUUCUAACUGCACAUUUUGUACAGAGACCUCAGAUCUUUGACGUUAUUGUCGGAAGCAACCUCUUUGGUGAUAUUCUCUCCGACCUCGGCCCAGCUUGUACGGGGACAAUUGGCAUCGCUCCGUCGGGGAACAUCAACCCAACAGGAGAAUUUCCCAGUUUGUUUGAGCCGGUGCAUGGAAGUGCUCCUGACAUUGCAGGCAAAGGUAUUGCAAAUCCAGUGGGAAUGAUCUGGGCAGGCCAGAUGAUGCUGGACCAUUUUGGGCACAAGGAGGCGGCUGCUGGAGUAUUGCAAGCGAUUGAGAAUGUUCUCUCCCGCUCUGAAGAGAUGGUAAUCACGGCUGAUAUGGGCGGUAAAGGAACGACACAGUCAUUUGGUGAAGCGAUCGAACGAGAGAUUUUGACACUACAGAAAUAA